CAGGCACCCGGCACGCGCCCGCCCCGCCGCCACGAUGCCCAAGAGGAAGGUCAGCUCGGCCGAGGGGGCGGCCAAGGAGGAGCCCAAGCGGAGGUCGGCCCGGCUGUCGGCGAAGCCCGCGCCCGCGAAGGUGGAGGCGAAGCCCAAGAAGGCGGCGGGAAAGGAUAAAUCAUCAGACAAAAAAGUGCAAGCAAAAGGAAAGAGGGGCGCAAAGGGGAAGCAGGCGGAGGUGGCUAACCAAGAAACUAAAGAAGACUUGCCAGCAGAGAACGGAGAGACUAAGAACCAGGAGAGUCCAGCUUCUGAUGCCGCAGGAGAGAAAGAAGCCAAGUCUGAUUAAUGUCAUGUACCAUGUCUUACCAGUGCUCCCUGUCUCCCUUCUUGUACAAUCCAGAGGAAUAUUUUUAUCAACUAUUUUGUAAAUGCAAGUUUUUUAGUAGCUCUAGAAACAUUUCUAAGAAGGAGGGAAACCCACCUCAUCCCAUUUUUUAAGUGUAAAUGCUUUUUUUUAAGAGGUGAAAUCAUUUGCUGGUUGUUUAUUUUUUGGUACAACCAGAAAAUAGUGGGAUAUUGAAUAUGGGAGGCUUUGAUUGUCUUGGGCGUCUGCUUAGCAUUCCAUAGACGGGGAAGUUUUUAUAUCCUGUUGUAUAAAGCUACUAAAUGGCAGUUUGCAGUCACAGUCGUGCAUCUAACGUGAACAUUUUAAACUUCUAUUCCCGCGUCAUUUUUUGGUAGGAUUGUUUCCUAAAGAAAACCACUCCUUUCUCUGGGCUCUCCUGUCAGAAUUUCGUGCACUCUGUAACAUCUUUGGUCCUGGUCGUCCAGUUUCCCUAGUAACUAUGUGCUGUGAAAGAUUGGGAAAUUUGAGUAUGUAGUGUGUAUGAUGCUAAAUUGUGGAUUAGUGAGACUUACAGUGUAUCAGCUUAUCAGCAUUUGAAGAGAUUGGUACUUGAUGUCCACUUAAGGAAAAUUUGCCUCCAAAGUUUGAGAUGGAAAGUCUCCGGAAUAAAUGUUUAGAAAAGAAUCAUGAACUUUUUUUGGUACGUAAAAGACUUGUGUACAAAGUGAAAUGUCUGUGCUGAUUAUCAAAGCAACAAUAAAGUCAUAGAAUGUUUCCUUGAAGCAUGUGAAUUUUAAGUUCUGGUUUACAU